ACUGUUGUGAAGGGUUCGUUCGAAGUGAGUUGCUUUUUCCGGGUUUUUCCGUCCGCUGGCGGAGCACCCCCCUUAUCAGCACCCCUCUGUUGGGUAACAGCCGUGCAAACGCCUCAGAUAGCCAAAAAACGCGGAAUUAGUGAAGAAUCGUGUGAAAUUUCGCCAAUUAAAGUGCGAAACGUGUUUGAUAAUGCGCCGCCAUCUUGCGGCACACUCGCACACACACACGUGUGCCAUUCUGGUUUUGCAGUGGUGUGCGUGUGUGCCUCGAGUCGUUGCGUCACUGGAAAAGUUAGAAAAUCGGCAAAUUCGCAGAGGAAAAGCCAGCAAAUCGGUUUCAAUUGAUGACUGAGCACAGAUCGAGCUGAGAGUCGAGUGAAAAUCCGGUGCGAGGGCAGAUUUUCCGCAUGUUACGUAACUUUUCUGAGGCGGCGUGGGACUUGAUACAAUAGCCGUGCGCUAGCUUCAAUUUUGUCGUAAGCAAAACAAAAAGGAAAUUCAACCGAAAAUGUUCGUGUCGACAGUCUCUCGCAUUGCCCCAGUUGCCAGGAGCGCCUUCCUCGCCAACUCCAAGCAGUACUUGCGACCAUUGAGCAGCGCCAUCAUCAGCCAGAGCCAGACUUUGGCCGCUCAGAACACAACCCCCGUUGCAUUGCUGCCACAGAUCAGGUCAUUCCAGACCUCGCCAGUCACGCGUGACAUUGACUCGGCCGCCAAAUUCAUUGGUGCUGGUGCCGCAACAGUCGGUGUCGCUGGAUCCGGUGCUGGUAUCGGAACAGUAUUCGGUUCCCUCAUCAUCGGCUACGCCAGGAACCCAUCGCUGAAACAGCAGCUGUUCUCCUACGCCAUUCUGGGCUUCGCCCUGUCCGAGGCCAUGGGUCUGUUCUGUUUGAUGAUGGCCUUCCUGCUGCUGUUCGCCUUCUAAGCGCGCCUGCUGCACAUCGAUUGCUCGUCCUUGUUUCCUGCGAUCGGGCGCGUGCGCCAGUCGCAUGCGAACGAGAAUAGCAACCAAACAACACUUCAAACAAACAAACAACAACAACAACCAGAACAAGCAACACCUACGUUCGUUUUCGAUUAUUAAUGAUAAAAUGAUUGAUUGAUUGAUUGAUAGCAAACAAGAACAUCCUGUACAACUAUCUAAUUAUAAAUACCAACAACAACCACAUAAUACAUGUAAUUUUGUUUUUAAAAAACAUGCGAGCGAGGAGAAGACCACACCUACUUUAAGUUGAACAACCGAAAUAUCAGGAGGAAGGAGGAUUGGAUUCAAUCGGAUUGGACUAGCCAACGCUCACGCCCAUACCCAGACGACAGACAUUAAAAUUAGAUUUUACUUAAAGCAAGCUUCCGGCUCACCGAAAACACAACCCAAUCGAUGGCCCGAACGAACUCCAGCCAUCCUCGUGCACUCGGCCCAUUCGGCGGAGGAUCUCCAUGCGCGCCCACCAAGGCUCUCUCUCUCCCCGAAGUUCUUGGACAUGCGGCAGGCAUCUCGUGGAGAUCACCUCUGCGACUAACAUCUUGGAUGGGCGAGUGUGUGGGCGUGGCUGGGCGGAGAUGCGGUGGAUCGUUGAGCUCAGCAACUUUUCGAUUUUAUUGUGGCGCGUACUGAAAGUCUACGUUUUUUCAAGUAUUUUGUAUUCGAAAAAAUCAGUUUCUUUAUGUAAAAGCUGUCUUUGUUCAUUGCCACUUAAUAUUUAUGAAGAAACUUGUACUAAGAGUAGUUGCAAACGAAAUGAGCCGAAGAGCGCAGCUGAAAUCUGAAAUAAAGGAGAAAUGAAUGUGUAAUGG